CAAGCAAAAAUAUGGUAAAAAAGGAACUGGAAAACGUAUAUCUAAAAAAGUAUGGAAGCUUUUAGAAGAAUAUUUUUUAGAAGGUGAUGUUGAUAAAAGUAAAAGAUUUACUGCCACUAGUAUGCUAGAAUGUUUAAAAAGAAAGGUUGAAGAAGGAGAAUUAGGUGAUGAUGAAAUUCCAAAAUUACAAACCAUACAAGGUUGGAUUGCUCGUUAUUCAGCACAACAUCGUCAAAAAAUGGCUGAAAA